AUGACGGACGCACAACAGCUAUUCGACUACGCACGAAAACAGUUUACGGAGAUUGCGGACGAUGUGGAGAGGCACUUUGAGCAGGUUGCUGGGCAGCUGAGGGAAUGGAUGCCUGCGGACACGCCUUUCGCCAGACAAUUACCUGUACCAAAGCGACUUCCUCCACCCACGACUCUCCAAAUCGUACAGCGAUGGAUUAGUAGGCAUAAAGGCCUCUCAGCCGCCGCCAUCGCAUUCCUUGUCACGGGAUCAAUAGGCACAUUCAUCUACAUCCGGAACAAUGGCAGCAAGCGGAAGCGGAGGGCGCGACGAAGUGCCAGUGGUGCGAGGACGGAUGUGGUAGUCAUCGCGGGUGCGGUGGCGAACCCGAUUACUAGCGGGCUGUAUUUGGAUCUCGAACGGAGGGGUUUCGUAGUAUAUGUGGUGGCCAAUACAAGCGAAGAUGAGCAGUACAUCCGGGCCCAAUCGCGGAUCGACUUGCUACCUCUUCAGCUUGACUUGGUCGACCCAUGUACUGCCCAGGAUCAAGUGGCUCGCUUCCGGGCCUUGCUCGAACGCGACCACCAUGCUUUUGAUGGCGCCGAGCCGCACCGCCUGCUUAUGGCCGGCUUGAUCAUGGUGCCGGAUACGCAGAGUAUGCCGGCCCGAAUUGAGGAUAUUAGCUCUGAGGAAUGGAGCGACGCCUUGAAUGCUAAGGUCCUGAACACCAUCGCCACCACUCAGCUGUUUAUGCCGUCCAUCAUUGAGCACAAGGCCAAAGUGCUCCUUCUCACGCCCUCUGUCACACCUGCUCUUAGACCACCUAUGCACGCCAUUGAGAGCACGACAUACGGUGCUCUGGAGGGCUUUUCUGCAUCAAUGGCCGCUGAGCUGAAGCAGGACGGUGUCAGUGUCUCUCAGUUCAAGCUUGGUAACAUCGAGAUCCCGUCCGUCACUAUCAAGCAACGACGAGAGGGCGUGCCGCAGCCUAGGCUAAAGGGUACACCUCUACGUGUACUUCACGACUCUGUCUUCGAUGCGCUCGUCAGCCAGCGACCAAGCAGGACGUUCCACGUCGGUCGCGGAAGCCUUGUCUACAACAUCAUCGGCAGCUGGAUGCCACCCACCAUCAUUGGAUGGAUGAUGGGUGCCGGUAGGAAGCCGGAAGUCGUACAAAACGCGAGGGAUGAAGCUAUGCAGAGCAGUCAAGGAAGUUUGACGUGGGAGAGAGUCGAGCAAGAAGCAUGA